AUGGAUCACCAAAAAAUGAUUAUGAUCUUUUUCUUUUUAACUGUUAAACAUCUUGUUUAUAGUGAAGAUAUUUGUAAUUCUAUUACUUGUGGUUCUGGUAAUUGUAUAACAACAACAAAUCCUACUUUACCAUAUUAUUGUCAAUGUUCAAAUGGUUUUAAUACAAUUUUACCAUGUCCAUCUGAAAAUCCAUGUUCACGAAAUCCAUGUGGUCAAGGAACAUGUGAAGUUGUACCAAAAUUACUUUAUGGUUAUUUAUGUCGAUGUGCUGAUGAUAUAAUAUCAUUAACAAAUUGUAACGUUACUCAUAAUGUUUGUGCUUCUAAUCCAUGUAUUAAUGGAAUAUGUAUUGAAGGUUUAACAAGUUUUAUUUGUCAUUGUUUACCAACAUGGACAGGAAGAAUUUGUAAUGAAAAAAUUGAUUCAUCAUGUUCAAAUAAUCUAUGUGGUAUAGGUAAAUGUUUUCAAAUUAAUGAUCCAUCUCUUCCAUAUGUAUGUUUAUGUCCAAGUGGACAACUUGCAAUGUCUUGUCAGAAUAUAAUGUAUCUAUCUGCUAGUAGUUUAGCUCGCAUAUUUCCAAGUAUGACACAUUUAUCAAAUAUAUGCAAUCCAUUGAAUUCUCAAAAUUGUAUGAAUGGUGGUCAAUGUCUUCUGACAAUAAAUGGUUAUCAAUGUCAUUGUAAUUCAGGUUUUACUGGACAUUUUUGUGAGACGAAUACUGAUCAAUGUUCAUCGAAUCCUUGUGGUAAUAGUGGUGUCUGUUAUGAUCUUCGAUCAUCUUAUAUAUGUGCUUGUUCAGAUGGUAGUUUUCGUUCACAAUGUUUACCUAAUACAGGUUCAUUAAAGACAGUUGAGAAUCUUUCAUGUCCAUGUCAAAAUAAUGGUGAAUGUACAAAGAUAAGUUCACAACCAUGUACAUGUCCAAAUGGAUUUACUGGUCGUUUUUGUGAAAAUUUAUUAUCAAGUAAUAGUUGUCGACAAGUGCAAUGUCUUAAUCAUGGUACUUGUUAUGAAAAUUUACCAGGUUUAUCUGUUUCGCCUUAUUGUUUAUGUAAAAGUGGAUAUACUGGAAAAUAUUGUGAAAUUGAAUAUUUUCGAUGUCAAUUAAAUGGUCGUUUUACUGAUCAAUAUAAUUGUGCUAAAGGAAAAUAUUUUGAAUGUAUUCAUUAUGGAUAUGAUGGACCAAAUAAAAAUGGUAUAUUAUUAAGUCGAAAUUGUCAGGCAUCACUUCGAUAUAAUGUUCUUACUGAUCAAUGUGAUUAUUCGACAAAUGUACAAUGUAUUGAGAAUGAAACAGAACAUUCUCUUUUUUGA